UCCUCCUCCUUCUCCUUCAUCAAUGGCAAUUCUCUCAGAUUACACAGAAGAAAAUCAAGAACAGCCUAUGAAGCCUAUAGAGAAAAAACAAGAAAAUUCUUCUCCUUCAACCCCAAAAGAAGAAGAAAAUUCUUUUUCAACCCCAAAAGAAGAAGAAAACAAGAAGUUAAAGCCAAACAAGUCCAAUGGCCUAGACAUGGAGAAUUAUUCAUGGGGUCAAUCUCUUCAAGAAGUUACGAUCAACGUCCCAAUUCCUUUUGGCACAAAAUCAAGAUUCAUAAUUGUUGAAAUCAAGAACACUACCCUCAAAGUUGGACUAAAAGGUCAACCAUUAAUAAUAAAUGGUGAAUUUUUUAAAGCAGUGAAAGUUGAUGAAUGUUAUUGGAGUUUAGAAGAUCAGAAAGAAAUUUCCAUUCUUUUAACUAAGCAAAAUAAAUCUGAUUGGUGGAAGUGUUUGUUAAAAGGUGGACUAGAAAUUGACACACAAAAAGUUGAGCCAGAGCCAAGUAAAUUGUCAGAUUUGGACACUGAAACAAGGGCAGCAGUUGAAAAAAUGAUGUUUGAUCAAAGACAAAAACAGAUGGGACUUCCAACAAGUGAGGAGAUUACAAAUCAAGAUAUGCUUAAGAAAUUUAUGGAACAAAAUCCUGAUAUGGCUAAGAACUUUGCUAAUGCUAAGAUGAUGCCUAACUCUAAGAUGAUGGGAAUGGGCUAAUUGCAUUGAAGUUUUAUUUUGCUGAUCUUUUUUUAAUCUAUAGUAGAUUUAGUUUUUUUUUUUCAUGCUAGUAUGAGAGAUUGGAAUUAUUGUUGGAUUUUUUUUGAUUUCGUGGGGCUUUAUUGUUUGGUUAAUGCAUAAUCAAUUAAUCUUAAUUUUUUCUAUUGGAAAAAAGUUUGUUUAGCCGAAUAUUUACGUCAUUUUUGCCC